CUCUUUAAGGACAGCCUGCCAGUAAACCCUUCCCCCUGUUUUGUACACCCCUCCCCGAGUUCACGAUUCCUGCGAAUGUGUGAGUUACCGUCGCGCAAUAACAAAUACAGCUCGGCGGUCCUGCAAGGCGCAACCCAGUUCUGCCGGAGAAAGGCGAGACGGCGCAGAGUAAGCGGCGGCGGCAGGAGCAGCAGCUAUCCCGCGUUCGCUUCGGUCAUGAGCCCGGUGGUCUGGAGAUGAGGCUCCGAAAUGGCACCUUCCUAACUGUCUUAUUGUUUGGUCUGUGCGGAUUCAUAUCGCUGUCCUGGUACACCGCAUUCAGCAAUACCAAAGGUGAUGUGGUGGACAUUUAUCAGAGAGAGUUUCUGGCCCUGAGGGAGCGGCUUCACUCGGCCGAGCAGGAGAACCUGAAACGCUCCAAAGAGCUCAACCUGGUCCUGGACGAGAUCAAGAGGGCCAUAGCGGAGAAGCAGGCACUGCGAGACAUCAACCGCACCUGGAGCAGUUUGUCAGAUGAAACCAAGCUGAAGCUAUGGAACGUGUCCAGCAGUAAGAAUGUGCUGCAGCUGCCCAGCAUCUUCCACCACCUGCCCCACCUGCUGGCCAAGGAGAGCAGCCUGCAGCCGGCUGUGCACGUGGGCCAGGGCCGAACCGGGGUGUCGAUAGUAAUGGGAAUCCCCAGCGUGAAGAGGGAGGUUCACUCCUAUUUGACCGACACGCUCAGCUCUCUGAUGUCCGAGCUGAGCCCUGCGGAGAGGGAGGACUGUGUCAUCGUGGUGUUCAUCGCUGAGACAGACCAGCAGUACGCCAACAGCGUGGCAGAGAACCUAAACCGCCUGUUCCCUGGGGAGAUUCAGACGGGCCUUCUGGAAAUCAUCUCUCCGUCUGUCCACUUCUACCCCGACUUUUCCCAGCUAAAGGAGUCCUUCGGAGACCCCAAGGAGAGGGUCAGGUGGCGGACGAAACAGAAUUUGGACUAUUGUUUCCUUAUGAUGUAUGCACAGUCCAAGGGAACCUACUAUGUACAGCUGGAAGACGACAUUGUGGCUCGGCCAAACUACUUCACCACCAUGAAGAACUUCGCCCUGCAGCAGCCAUCCGAAGAGUGGAUGAUCCUGGAGUUCUCUCAACUGGGCUUCAUCGGUAAGAUGUUCAAGUCUCUGGAUCUCUCGCUCAUCGUGGAGUUCAUGCUCAUGUUUUACAAGGACAAGCCGAUCGACUGGCUGCUAGAUCACAUCAUGUGGGUGAAAGUGUGCAACCCAGAAAAGGACGCUAAACACUGCGACCGGCAGAAGGCCAACCUGCGCAUCCGCUUCAAGCCUUCACUCUUCCAGCAUGUGGGGACUCAUUCCUCCCUGGCUGGAAAGAUCCAGAAGCUGAAGGACAAGGAUUUCGGAAAGCAAACCCUUCACAAGGGGCAUGCCAAUCCUUUGGCUGAGGUCACCACCAGCCUGAAGACCUACCAGCACUUCACGCUGGAGAAGGCCUACCUGGGGGAGGAUUUCUUCUGGGCCUUCACGCCCGUGGCUGGAGACUUCAUCCGCUUCCGUUUCUUUACGCCCGUCCGGAUUGAGAGGUACUUCUUCCGCAGUGGCAACAUUGAGCAUCCAGGGGACAAGCUCUUCAACACCACAGUGGAGGUCCUUCCAUUUGAUAAUAUCCAAUCAGAGAAGGAGGCCUUGAAGGAGGGAAGGGAGAAAACACCCAAAUACCACCGCACUGAGGAUGGAUUUAUCAGGAUCGGCGCAUUUCAGAAUGGCAUUGCAGAAGGAGAAGUGGAUCCUGCUUUUGGACCACUGGAGGCCCUCCGACUGUCUGUGACGACCGAUUCGCCUGUCUGGGUCAUCCUCAGUGAGAUCUUCAUCAAAAAGGCUGAAUGAGCAGUGCCCAUUGGCAGUACCUCUCGAAUCCCCCCCAGAGUGCACAUUGAUGGACGGGCCCUUCGUGGCUGAUCAAACUGAGCUUCAGGAGCCAUUUCUCUGGUGCGGUCCAAGGGCUCCACCUGCUGGCAAGGAGCUGGUGUAGCAGGCCGAAUUAAGAACAACCAACUUCAUGGAGAACCUGCCGGACACAGGAGGCCAUGGCAGAGAGGACAGAUUAGUACUCUGUAGACCUUAUGUGUAAAUACCUUUAUGUUUGACUUCUUGUAAUUACACUGGUGAUUGUUUUUGGGCUUGCUGGAUCAUGUUGCCCUUUAAAUAAAUUAAUUAAAAUGAAAUGCUGCUUUGGAAUGGACAGAUUCACUACAGGUAUACUCAGUGACCACACACAGUGCACCAUCCCUGAAGGUCAAAUUGGUAAAUUACAUAAUUUCGGUUUAAUGCUCUGAUUUUCCUUUGCCAAAUUGUAUUGGAUAUUUAUGACUGAACAUACAUGGGCAGAUAUAUAUAUGUAGGGGAACACAUAGAUUAUAAUCAUGUCUGAAUAUGUGUGUAUGUAUGUAGAUGCAUACAGUAUACUUAAUUGUCAUUGCAAAGCAAGUCUAGAGCCGGGGUUUUCAACUUGGUGCACGUGACCCCCUGGUUGAGGAGCUGCAGGGGGUCUGGUUUACGCAACAUGAAGAAUAUUCAAGGAGAUUCACCCCCGAGAAACAAAUAUUAACGUCCCCCAGCCCCAGUCUUUACUUGUGUUAUCACUCAUUCAUGGUUGGGGGUGCCCAGCCCAUUUUGGGGUCCCUUAUUCAAGAGAAGUUGAAAACCCCCGAAUCUGGAGGAAUGUUCAACUAGUGCUGUGGAAACAAGGCUCCAUUCAGGUGGAUAUUGGGGCCAUUUCUAAUCAUUCUGCUUGAGAGCAUCAUGGUUAGUGGGUUUUGAGUCAUAUUUGUGGGAAUGCUGUGUUCCAUCAGCUAGCAGUUUGCCUUAAUACAGCAUGAAGCUAAGGGGAUAUUCCUGCAAAAUCCAAACACUGGAGGAUAAUUCAGAUCAGUCUGUUUAGAGUCCUGUAUUUUUCCUCCAGAGCAGGAAAAGUAAAGGAAAUACUUAUCUUUGUAACUGGUUGUCACUAUCUGCAUUGUUACUGUUGUCAUGAAUUCAGUGCACUCUGCCAACAGUGUGGGAUCUAAAUGCAUAAAUGGAACAUUCUGCUACGCUGGAUGUUUGUGUCCCCAGGUGCAGGGCUGAGCUGAAAACAGUCACAGGGCGCACAGUCAUACAGGCUAAAAGCGGCUGGUAGAGUUUCUGCAGUUGCUUCCCUGGUGCCUGUUAAUGCCGUAGCUGCCUGGUCUCCCCAGCAGUGGGUGGAAUCACUUGUGAUGACUGUCUGCCCACUGAGUGAGGUCAGCGGGGAAAGAUGGUGGAGUCUUCAUAAUUACACGCUAACACUGCCACAAGCUGGGGAAGACGUGGGAACGCUCACUUCCACUUGUGGUAUGGAAACGGCAUUAGUGAGGUUGCGCGGAUCCUGGAUCCUGGGUCUGACUGUGAGGCCACUGGAGUGACAUUGUUAUUUAGCCUUUAAGGGGUUUUUCUAAGCUGGGAAGAUCAAUGGAAGAACUUUAAUAAAGUUAUGGCAAGCUCUACUACAGCAGUGGGAGCCUUCAGAUGUUUGUUGUACCUGCAGGAAAUGCUUUCAAUGCUCACUUGUAAAACGUUUAGGUUUAAACCUAAGCUUUGCAGGUCGUCAUGGAUCUGUCAGAAGCAAAUAAAAGCAAUUUCAACUUGGGGGGAUAAAGGCAUCUCUUGGCUUUUAAGGUGACCUAUUGGCCACUGCUGUGUUUUUAUGCCACCGGUUCCCUCAUGGCAACAGAUCCUUGUUCGAAGGAUGCUUAUGGCCUAGCAACGGGAGGCUGGGGUAGUGUGGAUGAGAUAGUGACACGCAACCCACUGAGUCUUUGGCCAGUGGACAACAUGGCCGAUGCCUGUUUCUCAGCCCACAGCAAUGCCAUAAAGCAGCUUAUUCAGGUUAUGGGGUGCUUUCUUCCCCGUGGUGGAUUAUUUUUCUUCCUCUAUACACCUCUUCUGAGUGCACCAUGCUCUCUAUCCUACCAGGUGCUCAAAAGUACAUUUUUUAGUGCAAUAAUAAUAAUUCUGGUGAGAAAUAGAAUACGGUGUUAUUUUGGGAUUUUGGGGCUUUUAUUUUAUUAUGACCAGAGAUCUGUCGGCGUUUGACCUUUCCUGAUGGAAUACCUAAAAUUAGAUGACGAGACGUGCAGGCUGUAUUUUCUCGGUAACAGGAAACUGGAAGGGGUUUGGCUAAUGUAGGUGGAGAUUUAAGGCCAGGUUCCUCUGAUGCAGUGUCGACUCCCCUCGUUCCCCUCCUUGCCUCAUCGCAAAAGAGGCCUUUUUGGUGCAACAUGCUCAGCUGAUGCAGGAGAUGAACUGAAGGCCAAAAGCAACAGCGAUGUGCUCACCACAGCUGCCUGUCACACAAAUAACUGCUAUUUUCAGUUCAGCAGCCCUGCCACUGUAACACUGUCCUACCUGAAACGCUUGUCCGUGCAUAAUAACAUUUGUUCAUGGACGUCUUUCCAGUUUACAUGGAGUUCCCCUGACACUUUACAGGGUGGAAACAAACGCCUAUUAAUCACUCUCAUGUGGGGGCCUUUGGCAGUAGGGAAUAGCUACAGGUAUGUUCUAAAAUUAAGUUGCAGUUGGACAGCAGUUAUUAUUACAGAAGACCAACCUUGCUUUGGAAAUCAUUUUGGUUAUAUAAUCAUGUGAAAAUUCCAAAAGUGUUAGAUCUCAAUGCUACAUUGCUUCUCCUUGUAUCCAAAGAAAAUGUUUAUUUUUUUCUUUUCAUUUUUCAAAUUGUACAUGGUAAAUAAAAUCAGAAAAUUUGA